AUGCCUGCCACAGUUCUGGGCAAGAGAACUCGAAGCGCCGCUGCUGCAGCAAGCACGAAGCCUUCGACAGAGGAAACGGACAGGCGCGUCACAGCUGCAGUAUCAUGCACAAGCAAUGCAUCCACAGCAACACGAUCAAAGCGACGGAUAGCGAUCAAUGAGCCAAAUGAUGAGAACGAGAACCCAUUCAUCAAGCACAAAGAUGCCGAGGAUGAGGGCGAAGAGGACGUUGAAACGAGGCCCACGAAGAAGACGCGAUCAUCGGGAAGGACUGCACCUGCUAAGCAUGGCGUGCCCGAAUCUCGUGUCGAGCAGUCUCCUGCCAAAGUUGAAUCACACUUCAAAGUUUCCAAGGCUGCGGCGAUCGGCGUGUACCAGGACGGCAAGAGCGACCAAGAAAACGUGGAACCUCAAACACCAAGGCAUCGCGAUCAGCUGUCGAAGAAGGUGCCCGUCACACCCCGGCACAGAGUCCUCAUUGCCGGUAGCCAAGUCACACCACGAACGCCGAAGACACCACACACCCCAUCUAUCGCCAACUCUGUCUACAAUCAAGCACGACAGCUUUUCUCGAGAUGCUCAAAUCCUGGACGAUUGGUUGGCCGCGAAAGCGAGCGGGCAGAUAUCUCGAGCUUCAUCAAGCAUGCGGUCGAAUCGAAAACGACAGGAUGCCUGUACGUGUCAGGACCACCAGGCACAGGCAAGAGUGCGAUGCUGGACGAGGUGAUUCAAGAGCACACCAAAGACAGCCAGAUUCCCGUUGCGGUGGUUAACUGCAUGAGCGUACGAAACACAAAAGACUUGAGCCAAAAGCUGUCAGAAGACCUGAACAUCAAGGAGAACGCGGGCCUCGAGCACCUCCGAUCAUGCUUCGUCCGAGGCAAGGCACGAGACAGCCAGAAAUAUCUGGUGGUUCUGGACGAGGUGGACCAGCUUGUGGAUCUGGACCUUGAGCUUCUGUACAGCCUCUUCGAGUGGUCGAUGCACAACACAUCUCGACUCAUCCUGAUCGGUAUCGCAAACGCUUUGGACUUGACAGACCGCUUCCUGCCACGGCUGAAGUCUCGCAACCUGAAGCCAGAGCUUCUCCCCUUCAUGCCAUACAGCGCAGCGCAAAUUGCAGACGUGGUGACUUCAAAGCUCAAGACUCUGAACUCGGAAGACUCGCAGAACGUACCAUUCUUGCACCCAGCAGCGAUUCAAUUCUGCGCGAAGAAGGUUGCAGCACAGACUGGAGAUCUCCGCAAAGCAUUUGACAUCUGCAAAAGAGCGAUUGAUCUGGUGGACCGCGAGACUCGCGAAAGGGAUGCAAAGGCUAUUCUGGAGAACAGUCCAUCGAAGACACCGCUGAUGGAGAAUAUCAACCUCUCAUCGCCAGCAAAAUCGCCAGCAAAGGAUCAGCCCAAGUACACUGUCGAGACUGCGCCAAAGGCGACUAUUGCACACAUGGCACGAGUGACGGCAUUGGCAUUCAGCAAUGGCGCAACACAACGACUCGGCGGACUCAACCUGCAGCAGAAAGCAGUUCUCUGCGCUUUGGCAGCUCUGGAGAGACGCAAAAGAGAGACUCAAGUCGAGAAGACGAUGUUCGCUACACCGUCGAAGACAAACAACAGCAGUGCACCAUCUGUCAAACAGCUCUUCGAAGCCUACAGCGGUCUCUGCAAACACGAGAACCUCUUUCACGCUCUCUCGAGCCUGGAAUUUCGUGACGUCGUCUCUGGACUGGAGACUCUGAGCUUGGUCUCUGGCGUCGAUGGAAAGAACGGCAGCUUCGCUGUCCCCAUUACACCUUCGAGAACACCUGGCAGGAAGCCGAAGGGUGCCUUCGGCGGUGCUGCUAUUGGUGAUGAGAGAAGGAUUGCAAGUGCAGUCAGUGUUAAGGAGCUUUCUGGUGCGCUCGAGGGCCCCGGUGGAGAUCUGCUCAAGGAGAUGUUGGAGGGCAAUGGAUUGUGA